ACAUAACAAUCAUUUAUUAUUCAUUGUAAAGUUUUCACACCGGUUUACAUCUCUUACAACAACCACAUUGUCAGUGUGACUGUAACGUCGCUUAGACUUAGACUUGUCGUCGCUCUGCUCGGACUUUCCGUCGAUUCCUCUCUUGACUGAAUCCCUCUUCCCCUCCAUUAAUAACCUCCACACAAGUCAAUGUUACCAGUGAUUUGACGUCGAGCACAUGGCAAACGUGACCUUAUGCCUUUCGUUGGUCAAUGGUACAGACAUUCUGAACCAUCCAUUGACAGUGUGUCCAACGAAUAAUCGCAGUUACAGACUGCACCGUCGUGGCCCAAUUCCCAAUGGUGUCCGCGCUACUACUGGUCUUCUCACAUCGCACAGCGACCACCAAACCGUUACCCUUCCCAUGCCACACCCCACCCACACGCAAGGCGCCACUCCCUAGACCACUGCCAAAUGCCUGCGGGAUACCCAUAGCGCCCAACCAGCAUGCCACCUCUCGGUUCCACCCAAGCGCCCUUUACCCAUGUCAGGCCCCAUCAUCGAUCGCCAUUUGGCAGCGGCUAGCACACUUUGCUUGGUGGUCUCUUGUUCGUCACCAAAUAUCUCCCGCACAAGGGCAGGGUUGGACCGGAUGAUGUAUGGCGACCUAUUAGAUGAAGGGAGAAGGUUAGUGAGAGGUAUCGGCAGCAACAGAAGGAUCCAGAAAUGAUGGACAAGCGCCCCAUUCAUUCAAGGGAAAGAUGCAGGGUAUAUUAGGGAGUGGGGGAUUUGGCUUCAGAGGGUUUCCAUUGAGUAUCCGCUCAUACUUGUCUUGUAAUUAUGGUAGAAUAUGACAAUUCAAGAUCUCUAUUAAAAUAUCAAAA